AUGGCCAAGAAACCUUUCUAUGGCCUUACGGGCACGAAGCUCAACAUUGCCAUUGCAGUCGUUGCAGGAACAGACUUCGCAUUAUUUGGAUACGACCAAGGUGUUCUGGGAGGACUGUUGACUUUGGGCUCUUUCCUGCGAUACUUCCCAGAGAUCAAUGUCCAGAAUCCACCACCUGGCACUUCUCGAUCGACCGCAUCCAACGUCCAAGGUAUUGCAGUCGGCGGCUACACCCUCGGAUGCUUCUUCGGGGCUGUGGCAACGAUAUGGCUUGGUAACUGGUUGGGACGAAAGAGAACGAUUAUGGUUGGUUCGGCGAUCAUGGUGGCUGGCGCUGCGAUUCAAGCGUCGUCUUUCAGUCUGGGCCAACUCAUCGCAUCACGAUUACUUACUGGAUUCGGGAAUGGCAUGAACACUUCUACGGUUCCGACAUGGCAGUCCGAGACUUCGAAAUCACAUCGUCGCGGGCAGAUGGUCAUGAUCGAGGGCUCGUUGAUUGUAUUUGGAGUUAUGCUUUCGUACUGGAUUGACCUAGGCUUCUCCUUCCUGGAACCAUCCACCAUUUCAUGGCGAUUUCCAAUUGCUUUCCAGAUUAUCCUAGCUCUCUUUGUCCUGUUCUUCAUCCCCGGGCUGCCAGAAUCACCCCGAUGGCUCGUCUUGAAGGGCAGAGAACAGGAGGCUAUUGAAGUGCUCUGUGCUCUAACCGACACCACCGAAGACGACUCGAAGAUUCAAGACGAGUUCAAAGCCGUGAAAGAUACUGUGUUCGAGAUGGCCAAGGGCAGCUUCAGCGAUAUGUUCAAGUUCAACCGGAACCGGAACUUCCACCGUACCGCACUGGCAUACGUCAACCAGAUGUUCCAGCAGAUCUCUGGAAUCAACAUCAUCACAUACUACGCAGCGACUAUCUUCGAGAAUAACAUCGGGCUUUCGCCGUUCCUGAGUCGACUUUUGGCAGCAUGCAACGGUACCGAGUACUUCAUGGCCUCGUGGAUUGCCAUCUUCACAAUCGAGAAGUUUGGUCGUAGAAAGCUCAUGCUGUUCGGUGCAGCUGGUCAAGCAAUGUCUAUGGCUGUGCUUGCGGGUACAACAAGCAUCCCGACAGAAGAUCCGCGAAGCAAGCAGGCUGGUAUUGCUGCAGCUGUGUUCUUGUUCGUCUUCAACAGUUUCUUUGCCAUUGGAUGGCUCGGAAUGACAUGGCUAUACCCUGCCGAGAUCACGCCUCUCGACAUUCGUGCGCCUGCCAACGCUGUUGCGACUACUGCUAACUGGAUCUUCAACUUCAUGGUCGUCAUGGUCACCCCCGUCGCCUUCGAAGCCAUCGGCUACCAAACAUACCUCGUCUUCAUGGCCAUCAACGCCUUCAUGGUUCCCUGCGUCUACUUUUUCUUCCCCGAAACCGCGUACCGCUCCCUGGAAGAAAUGGACGAAAUUUUCCACAAAGUGCACGGCUGGAAGGGCGCUUUCAGCGUUGUCACAGUAGCCAAGACGAUGCCGAAGAGAUAUGGAAAGAGGGGAGAGCUGCUUAUUGCGUAUGAUGAUACGGAGGAGGCGAGGGCUGUGGGAGAGAUGAGGAGGCAUAGUGCUGUGAGUGCGGAUCGGGGGGAGAAGGGGCCGGAGUUGAGGGUGGAAUCUCCGAAAAGGUGA